AUGAGCACCGACUCAAACACCGGCCCGCAAGGCUCGGAUUCAACAGCUAUACCCGGUACUCCUUGCACGGGUACUGCUACGCAAGACACGACCUCAGACGUGGUUUCAAAUGCACCGGAUGAGAAGCCUCAGAGUCAAUCUGGACCAGGGCCUCUCCUUACUUCGCUAUGGUCACCUUUCCGUUCGAUGUUGCAUAUUUCAUCACCGAAUACGACAGAGGUAUCGACUGAGACAAAUAAAGAUACAGUUCAGAUUUCAACGCCAUCCGGCUCCACGAAAGAGCCAGAGCCAGAGCCAGAGCCAGAGCCAGAACCAGAACCAGAACCAGAACCUUAUUAUGCACCGAAACAAACACCAACUUUCAAACGUCUUGCGAAACUUCGUUUAAGCGGGACGAGAGAAAAGCAACUUACUCGUGCUGCUUCUCGUGCUCACAACGACCCCCCGCCUCCACCAGGCUUGGGACUGUGCUGUGGUAGCUCUUGCGACCCCUGUGUGACUGAGCUCUGGAGACAGGAGAGGGAUACAUGGAGAGAGAGAUGGGGAGACCACGCCAUUGAAGAUAAUGAUACAGAUACAGAUAAAGUCAAAGACAAAAAAGAAUUAGAGUGGUGA